UUGCAGUUAUAGAAGAUAGACACCCAGGAGAUUUUGCCUUUCGCCAUGGCUCAGUUUGGAGGACAGAAGAAUCCCCCUUGGGCUACUCAGUUUACAGCCACUGCAGUAUCUCAGCCAGCUGCUCUUGGUGUACAGCAGCCAUCGCUGCUUGGAGCCUCUCCUACAAUAUACACCCAGCAGACGGCAUUGGCAGCAGCAGGCCUAACUACACAAACACCAACGAACUAUCAGCUAACUCAGACAGCUGCUUUACAGCAGCAAGCUGCAGCUGCAGCAGCUGCGUUACAGCAGCAAUAUUCACAACCUCAGCAGACUCUCUAUAGUGUACAGCAACAGUUGCAGCAACCUCAGCAGACCCUUUUAACUCAGCCAGCUGUUGCGCUACCUACCAGUCUUAGCCUGUCUACUCCUCAACCGGCAGCCCAGAUAACUGUUUCUUAUCCAGCACCCCGGUCAAGUCAACAGCAAACCCAGCCACAAAAGCAGCGUGUCUUCACUGGGGUAGUUACUAAACUACAUGAUACAUUUGGUUUUGUGGACGAAGAUGUCUUUUUUCAGCUUAGUGCGGUUAAAGGAAAGACACCUCAGGUGGGUGACAGAGUUUUGGUAGAAGCUACUUACAAUCCUAAUAUGCCAUUCAAAUGGAAUGCACAAAGGAUCCAGACACUUCCAAAUCAGAACCAGACGCAAGCUCAGCCAUUACUGAAGACACCUCCGGCAGUUCUUCAGCCCAUUGCACAGCAGACUGCAUUCAGUGUUCAGGCACAGCCGCAGCCACAGUCCUUGUUGCAGGCACAGAUAUCAGCAGCUUCAAUCACACCUUUGCUUCAGACACAGCCUCAGCCAUUACUGCAGCAGCCGCAGCAGAAAGGUGGUUUGUUACAGCCCCCUGUUCGUCUAGUUUCACAGCCUCAGCCAGCUCGAAGAUUAGACCCACCAUCCAGAUUUUCUGGGAGGAAUGACAGAGGAGGAGACGCUAUGCCAAACCGAAAAGAUGACAGGAGUCGUGAAAGAGAACGAGAGAGACGUAGGUCCCGAGAAAGAUCACCCCAGAGAAAACGCUCCAGAGAGAGAUCACCUAGACGAGAGAGGGAGAGGUCACCUCGAAGACCGCGACGUGUUGUUCCUCGUUACACGGUUCAGUUUUCCAAGUUUUCAUUGGACUGCCGUAGCUGUGAUAUGAUGGAGCUGAGGAGGCGUUACCAGAACUUGUAUAUCCCAAGCGAUUUCUUUGAUGCUCAGUUUACAUGGGUGGAUGCUUUUCCUAUGUCUAGACCAUUUCAGCUGGGAAACUACUGUAAUUUCUACGUAAUGCAUAGAGAAGUAGAUCCUAUAGAUAAAAAUGCUGCUGUCCUUGAUCCACCCGAUGCUGAUCAUCUAUACAGUGCAAAGGUGAUGUUGAUGGCUAGUCCUAGUAUGGAGGAUCUCUAUCACAAGUCAUGUGCUCUGGCUGAAGAUCCCCAAGAACUUCGUGAUGGAUUUCAGCAUCCUGCUAGACUUGUAAAGUUUUUAGUGGGUAUGAAAGGCAAAGAUGAAGCUAUGGCUAUUGGAGGACACUGGUCCCCAUCACUGGAUGGACCUGAUCCAGAAAAGGACCCUUCCGUGCUGAUAAAGACGGCUAUUCGUUGUUGCAAGGCUCUUACAGGGAUUGACUUAAGUGUGUGCACACAAUGGUACCGUUUUGCAGAGAUUCGCUACCAUCGCCCUGAGGAGACCCACAAGGGGCGUACAGUUCCAGCUCAUGUGGAGACAGUGGUUUUAUUUUUCCCGGAUGUUUGGCAUUGCCUUCCCACCCGCUCAGAGUGGGAAACCCUCUCCCGAGGAUACAAGCAGCAGCUGGUCGAGAAGCUUCAGGGUGAACGCAAGGAGGCUGAUGGAGAACAGGACGAAGAGGAAAAGGAUGAUGGGGAAGCUAAAGAGAUCUCUACACCUACGCACUGGUCUAAACUGGAUCCAAAAACAAUGAAGGUAAAUGACCUUCGCAAAGAAUUAGAAAGUCGAACCCUUAGCUCUAAAGGACUGAAAUCUCAGUUGAUAGCUCGACUGACAAAGCAGCUGAAAGUAGAGGAACAAAAAGAAGAGCAAAAGGAGCUAGAGAAGUCUGAGAAAGAAGAGGAAGAGGAGGAGGAUAGGAAAUCUGAAGAUGACAAAGAGGAAGAGGAAAGAAAACGUCAAGAAGAAAUGGAACGUCAGCGGCGGGAGAGACGAUAUAUCUUGCCCGAUGAACCAGCAAUCAUUGUACAUCCUAACUGGGCAGCAAAGAGUGGGAAGUUUGACUGUAGCAUUAUGUCUCUUAGUGUUCUUCUGGACUAUAGAUUAGAAGAUAAUAAAGAACAUUCCUUUGAGGUAUCGCUGUUUGCAGAACUCUUCAAUGAAAUGCUUCAGAGAGAUUUUGGUGUCAGAAUUUACAAAGCACUGAUUUCUCUCCCAGAGAGGGAGGACAAAAAAGACAAAAAAAGCAAAAAAGAUGAGAGAAAAGAAAAAAAAGAAGAAAAAGAUGAUGAAACAGAUGAUCCAAAACCUAAGAGGAGAAAAUCUGGAGAUGAUAAAGACAAAAAAGAAGAUAGAGAUGAAAAGAAGAGGGAAGAUAAAAGGAAAGAUGAUUCUAAAGAUGAAGAAGAAACUGAAGAUGACAAUAAUCAAGAAGAAUAUGAUCCAAUGGAGGCAGAAGAUGCUGAAGAUGAGGAUGAAGAAUGCAGACCACUCGCAACUCCCAUUGAAGUCAGUAGGAGAUACCGGGAUGAAGAGGAAAUGAACAAACGGGAGGACAGAAGAGAGGGAAACAGGCAUUGUAAAGAGAGGUCGUCGAAAGAUAAAGAGAAAGACAAGACGCAGAUGGUAACUCUUAAUAGGGAUCUUCUGAUGGCUUUCGUUUAUUUUGAUCAAAGUCAUUGUGGAUAUCUUCUGGAGAAGGACAUGGAGGAGAUACUGUACACUCUUGGACUACACCUGUCACGUGCUCAGGUCAAGAAGCUACUUAAUAAAGUAGUGCUUAGAGAAUCUUGCUUUUACAGAAGACUAACAGAUACUUCUAAAGACGAAGAAAAUCAAGAAGAGUCUGAAGAGCUACAGGAAGAUAUGUUAGGAAACAGAUUACUGUUACCAUCGCCUACUAUAAAGCAAGAAUCAAAAGCCAUAGAAGAAAAUGUUGGCCUCAUUGUGUACAAUGGAGCUAUGGUGGAUGUUGGGAGCCUUUUACAGAAGCUGGAGAAGAGUGAAAGAGUGCGGGCAGAGAUAGAACAAAAGCUUCAGUUACUAGAAGAAAAAACAGAUGAGGAUGAAAAGACCAUACUGCAACUGGAGAAUUCUAACAAAAGUCUAUCUACGGAGCUUAAAGAAGUGAAGAAGGACCUUGGCCAACUGCAAGAAAAUUUGAAGAUCUCGGAUGAUAAAAAUUUGCAAUUUGAGGGUCAGCUGAAUAAGACAAUCAAAAAUUUAGCUACCGUUAUGGAUGAAAUACAGAGUGUUCUUAAACAGGAUAUUGUGAAGAACGAAGAUAAAGAUCAGAAAUCCAAAGAAAAUGGAGCAAACGUAUGAUAAACCUGCUGCUGUUUAGAAGAAUGGUGUUACAUAAUGUAAUAUAAAUCAUGAUACCAGAAUGUAUGGGAAGUGAUGCAUGUUUGAUUUUAGUAGUAUAAAUAUCUUAGUUCCAAAAGAUGUAUAAAGUUUUAUGAAUGUGAGUGUCUGCUUCUGAAGAUUGCUUGUAAUUCUUAGCAUUCAAUUUGAGACACUCCUCGAGUGAAAAUAAUUUUGCAUUGCAAAAUGUUUUAGGAUGAACUUUGUUAUAGUUUUAACCCUAAUAAAGUUCAUCAACGUAA